AUGUCCUCCCCCGAUCUUAUUUCUGGAUCAAGAGGAGUUAACAGCAUUAGCUAUCUAUUCGAAGCUGAAUAUCAGCACACUUUGUCACAAAAUCUGCAAGCGUCAAUCCUACUAGCCAUGACUCAGAGAAUACCUGUGCCUCCAGCUAAUGUAUAUUCACAUCACGCUAUGCCAUCGGACUCUUCGUGUACUCCAGACGAUUUUCUGAUAGACAUCGUCGAAGGCUCUGACUCUGAUUACGACGCUCAACUCAAUAGGCAGACAGGCACCAAACAUCACAAGAACAAGUCUGCUCCAAUACUCACAACGUUCCAUUGCUGGAAGCUUACCAAGGCUGCUCCCAAAACCAAGGAUGGUGCCCCAAGCUGGAAGCGAGCAGCAGUGGUACAAAUGACACUGCCUUCUGAUGAACUUGAAUCUCAAGUCAAGAAGCAGCUCAAGGCAAAAUCGCUCAUCGAGAUGUAUGAAGCCAUGUCGGCGGACCAGCGUCAACAAGUCGAAGUUCUUCUCCAGCAACAAAGGCGAGAUGAGACGAACAAACACGCUCGCUGGGAAAUAGCAGCCAUACACCGUGAGGUCCUCAACAAUCUCAGGACUAGGAUCAGAGAGACCACUUUCAUUCGAGUGAUAUUGAGUAGGGAUGACAGAAGAAGAGUCGAGAAGGCAACACCAGGCCAUGAGACGACUAGCGCUAGUGUGGCAAGCAACAUCUCUGACCUCAACGAUAUCUCCGACUCACCGCUGAAGCGGACGAAAUCGAAACUCGACCAACGUCUUCCUCCGCCUGGAAGGGAGUUCAAGGGACAGGCUAAGACCAAAAGGCUAAUUAGCGAAAACGUGAUCGAGAUCAUGUCUGGUUUAAGUACGGACGAUACUCAUGUCAUCGACGUGCCAUCGAUGGCAAGCGCAUUGCCAUCUGCUAGGUUGCAAGGUCCGAGUCCAACAUGGAGCAACCAAGCUCCACCCCAGCAAUCACCGUCAACCAAUAUAGAGCAUGAAAACAUGCUUCGAAAUCAGCUGAACCAAUGGCAACCACAGCCGGGUUCUGAAGUUCAGAACAACCAGCAGCUCAAUCACGUCCAGAAUGCUCUUGCAUAUAUGGCCAAUGUAAAUUCCAAUGCUCGCACACAGGUGGGAGACAAAGCCUACCAAGAGGCACAAGCGCAAUCAGCUCUACAUGGAACAUGGUCUCCACAGCAGUCUCCACCCGUAGUACCAAAUUUCAGAUACGACUCUCAAACUAUGCCCAUUGAACGGCAGUUUGAAGGAUCUACGACACAAAGGACUCCGCCACAUCUUGGACUGCAGCCGACAAACCACGAGCAAGACUACUUUGGGAAGCAGCCCAGUAACCCAUAUGGAGGCACAGCGGAGCCAAGCAUGGCUAGACAGUAUUAUCAUACAAACACCCAUGCUCCCGCAAUUGCUGCUUCACAUCGCGCCACAGAUUCAGAGGCCCCCAGAGCAUCCCCAAUCGCAACGAAUCAGGCUCCUACUGAUUCGGGCUGGCCUGAUUAUAACCCUGUGAUGGAGCCAUCGCCAGUUCCAUCGCCACAAUCCCAGCAGCAAACGAGACAUGCAAAACGCAGUGCCGAACGACUGCGACGAGAAGACGUGCUUUUCUGGAGAACUCAAGCCCAGCUAAGCCAUUCUCGAUCGUCUUCGAGUCUAGAUGAUCAGUCAUCAACCCUCGCAUCUCUCGAGGAGAGCUCACCUCCCACUUCAGUAUCGGGGGAGGGCGCUGCGCCACAAUUCCAAUAUCACAACAGAGAUGCCCUCGCACCAGGGCAAUUCGGUCAACGGCUUGCAGCACAUAGUUUCCUCAGACCGAACCAGAAUCGACAACAGGAGCAGCCCAUCAAGUUACCUCAAAGAAGUCAAACCGACUACAAACACCCAACUCGACGUACCGUCAGCUUUGAGGACAAAACCUAUGGAAUCUCUGAUAUACAGCAUGCUCCAUCUACCAUUCCGAGCGCUCGUGAUUCUAGCAUGUAUAGCCCAGACAACUAUACAAGACCAUCGGCUCCCGAUCCCCCAGAACCAAAAGCAAACUAUCCAUCCUAUCAGCCCCAACGAUACCAACCACAACAAUCUUGGGAGCCGAACAACACUUCGAUGCUCGAACGCUUGAAUGAACGUCUGGAUGACAUGGAACUGAGACAGGCGGAAGGAGCGACUAGGAGAGCUGUUGAGGCGGCACAGAAGAGAAGGGAGUUGGAAAAGAAGGAAGCUUACGAACGAGGGGUCGAGGAUGCAAUGGCGUGGAAGGAGCUUCAAUUGAGAAGGUGGAGUUGA